AUGCGCUCCUCCAAGCUCCUCAGCGCGUUGCUUAUGGCCGCGCAGGCGGCCGCCCAGUCCUACUACGACUUUGGGUUCGACAUCCACGCCGCCAUCGCCAACCAGACCAUUGGGAGGCGUCAGAGUGGCAACACCAUUGCUGUUGGCCAGCUGCCGCGCCGGCAGGACGGCUCUUUGCCCGCCAGGUUGGAAAUCCGGGAGAUGAGACAGAACAGGUACAUGUGGGAUUUGUACAUCCUGGCUCUCAGCGCCAUGCAGGCUGCGAACCAGAACGACCCUCUGUCUUGGUACCAAGUUGCCGGGAUUCACGGAGUGCCCUUCACCCCCUACAACAACGUCCAGCCCGUUUCCGGAGCAGAGCAAUCCGGAUACUGCACGCACAACUCUGUCCUCUUCCCCAUGUGGCACCGUCCCUACUUGGCUCUUUACGAGCAACAAUUGUACACCUUGGCGCGAUCCAUUGCCCAGCAGUUUUCCGACCCUGGAUACAGGCAGGCAGCCUCUGAAUUCCGAAUCCCAUUCUUUGACUGGAGCGUCAGCUUUCCAGGCCAGAGCUUCCUCCCCGACUCCAUGUGGAGCCCAGUCAUCAACCAGCCAGGCCCCAACGGCUCCCAGAGAAUCGCAAACCCUUUGUACUCGUACAGGUUCAACCCGCUCAACCCGAGCGACAUGAUCUGGCCUCCGUUUACCACGUGGCCGGAAACCAAGCGAGCCCCGUCCGGGGGCGGCAGCAACCCGCCGUCUAACAACGCCCAGGUCAACGGGGCCCUGCUCGGCCAGCUCGGCUCCCUCCAGCAGCGUCUCUACAUCCUCUUCACCCGAUACACCAACUACAACGCCUUCGGCAGCAAGGCAUGGGCCGCCUCGCAGGGAAACGCGGGCUGGGACUCGAUCGAGUCUGUCCACGACGUCAUCCACUUCUUUGGCGGUUCAGGCGGCCACAUGGGCUUUGUGCCCGUGUCUGCCUUUGACCCCCUCUUCUUCCUGCACCACGCCAACGUCGACAGAAUGGUGGCCAUGUGGCAGAUCCUCAACGGCGCCGCCUGGAUGCAGCCCAUGCAGGCGGGCGAGAACGGCUACACCUUCACCCAGGGAACCUGGCAGACGUCCAGCAGCCCCCUCACCCCCUUUUACGACCUCAACGGCAACUUCUACACCUCGGACUCGGCCCGCAACUGGGAGCAGUUUGGCUACACCUACGUUGACGCCGAUCCUUCCCGCAUCGGCCUCAACCAGCUGCAGAGCAAUCUGCGGGCCAACAUGAACAGGUGGUGGGGAGGCUCGGCAUUCAACGGCGUGCAGAGCAGAGACGAGUCGAGCGCCGCCGGCGUUGCCAAGAAUGGAAACUACACGGAGUGGAUUGCCAACGUCGUCGUCGACACCCACGCCUUGUCCACCGGCCCCUUCAAGAUCUCCUUCUUCAUGGGUGAGAAGCAAGACAACUCGACGCUGGUGGGCGACGUGGCCAUGUUUUCCAUGCCCGCCAUGGCGAACACGGCGGCGCCAAAGUCGUCGUCCAAGUCAUCCAGCACCAUCCCACUCACCGCGGCCCUCACCGCCCUGGUUAAAGCUGGUCAGCUCAAGAGCCUGGAUGCGCAGGACGUGCAGCCCCUGCUGCAAAAGUCGCUCAAGUUCCAGGUGGUGCAGGCCACCGGGGAGAAGGUUGACGCGGCCAAGGUAAAGGGACUUGGCAUCCAGAUCACCAGCUCCGAGGUGGCUCUGCCCAAGAGCGACGACGAGUUUCCCAGAUGGGGAGACAGUGUCAAGAGGUUUGACCUGUACUGA